GUCACUCUAUCUGCCCGGGGAACAAUCAGAGGCAGCGCGAGCGCCACUUGAAUGGAUUGUUGUCGGUGAAUAACUUUGCUCCUGGUUUCUCCCCUUUAGCCCUCCGCUCGUAUUUUCCGCAUUUCCCCCCUAAUAUUUACGAGUCCAAAUUGCACUAAAUGGUAUAUGAAGCACUUAACACCACUCGGAAAAGUGUGUUAGCAACAAACCCCUGAGGUCUGUGUGUGCGGCUUAACUUUUGCAAAGUGGGUGUCUUGGGAUCUGUUAAAAUCUGAAUGGACUAAUAUGAAGAGCCUGAAGGCAAAGUUUAGGAAGAGUGAUGUUCAUGCCUGUAUUGGAAGCGUGUGUGAUUACACGGGAUGAAUCUGUAUUGAGCCGUAGAGACUGGAGCCCACUCCAGUACUUCCAGCAGUACAUUGAUGACAAGGCCCAUGAAUGGAACAAGAACGAUGAGCGUCUCCUCAGUGCAGUGGAGCAUGGAGAGGCAGAUAAAGUCACCACCCUCCUGUCGAAGAAAGGAGCCUGUCCCACCAAGCUUGACAGUGAGGGCAAGUCUGCGUGAGUACUGGACACUGAGUCUGCAUGUAGCAGCCACACAAGGUCAAGCUGAGUGCCUUGCUGUCAUCCUGGCUCACGGGGCUGAUGUUUCUCUGCAGGACGCUUCAGGGUUUACUGCUUUACACCUUGCUGCCAAAAACAACCAUCCUGAGUGUGCCAAAAAGUUGCUUCAGACUAAGUGUGUGGUGGAUGCACCUGACAGCUCAGGGAAGAUGGCUCUUCAUCACGCAGCUGCCAGCGGAAACGCUGUGAUAGUUCAACUUCUGUGCGAGCACAAGUGUCAGGUCAAUCUUGAGGACUUGGACGGCUUGACGCCCCUGCUCUUGUCAGCUAGACAUGCGCAUGCAGAGGUCUGCCUGAGUUUAUUGGACUGGGGUGCUGACAUCAAUGCUAGAGACAAAAAUGGCAGAACCGCAGUGAUGUUGGCCAGUGAGAGCAGCUGUCCGGCCGCUGUCGAGUUUCUGGUGCAGAGGGGAGCUGACCUGCACAUGGUGGACUCGCUCGGCCACAACGUGCUCCAUUACGCCAAACUGUCUGGCAGCAGCGAGGUCCGAACCGUUCUCAACAAUGCCCUCCACAGACAGCAGUCGGAAUCAGGUAAUUUUAAAAAUAAGAAUUCAACGAGAACCCCUCAGCAUGGUCAAAAGUUAAAUGAGGACAGAAGCUCCACUCCCAAAAAGAGAAAAGCACCUCCUCCUCCCAUUAGCCCAAUCCAGUCGGCUGGUAUCAUCUCACCAACUUAUUUUACUCCAACUGAUACUCCUUUGUCCAGCAAAAGUGAUUCAUCCAAAAGAUUCAAUUACAAGAUGGAGCAGUCUGACAAUGCAAAUUUGUCGUUGAUUGCAGCCCUGCAAGCAAAGAUAGCCUCUCUCUCCCUGGAAAACCAGCAGCUUGCCCAAAUAAUAAAGAAACGUCCAGCUCCUCAAGGAGAGGAAGGCCAUGGAAAUUCCCGUCCAAACAGCAUCGAAUCCAAUGCCUCGUACCACUCCACCCGUGCUGAUUUUGAGCUCUCCAGCGACGUGCACAUCCACACGGAUGAAGAGGAUCUUUCGGAGAUGUCUGGUCUGGACAUUAGCAGUUCCUCAAUCAAACAUGAGAUGGAGGAGGAUGUGAGGUUGAGUACAGAUAAAGAAAUCGGACUGCUACGGGAUGCGCUGGAGAAUCUGCAGGCUAAACUUCUAGAGUCCAGAAUGGAAAACCACUCCCUUCAGGCCAGAAUCAACACUGACUUUGAGAAAAUUGAAGUUGCGUCUAAAAGCAUGGACGAAGAUACUCAAAAACACCAAGAAUCUUUGCAAGAGUUACAGCUGAGGGGAGAUUCUGUGAGUCCACAAGAAGACAAUGUGGUGCAGAAGUUUCAGUAUUUGAAAAGCUGCCUGGAGCAGGAGGUCAAAGAACUGAAGGGAAAGUUGGCCAGGUCACAGGAGGAGCAAAAGCAAGAUACUUGUUUGAUAAGGGAUCUUCAGGCUCAGCUCAAAAGUGUCAGCCUAUCCGAAGUUGAGCGUCAAGAACUAAAGAACACCUACAACGUUUUGGUGGAGAACAUCAACCAGGAGAAGACGCUGUUGAUUGAGAAGUACAAAGAGUCUCAAGAAGAGAUCAAGAUGCUCCAGGAGGCCCUUCGUGGCACUGUGCCAGUGGAGGCUGCUGCCAAAGACUUUGAGGAGAUGAAGGCAGAGCUUGGCGAGAUUAUCGAUGGGCUGCAGCGGCGGCUUUUGGAGCUCUCAAAGUCGUACAGUGAGGCCAAAAGCGAGCUUAGCGCUGCCCGCAACCAGCUGCAGGCCAAAGAAUCAGAGCCUAAGGACAAGGCAGACGUGGUCUGUGUCACCAAGGAGGAGCAUGAGCAGAGAAUUCAAGAGCUGACGUUCAAGAUGAAGGACAUGCAGAACAUUGUGAAGGACACUGAGGCUAAGCAUCAAGCGGCGCUAAAAGAAAUAGACCAGGUUAAACAAGAUGCCGAAAACCAGGCUCAAUCUUCUGUAGCCAUUGCAGACCACACACAGGUCGUGGCAUCCUUGGGGAACGCUAUCAAGAACCUAGAGUUGGAAGUUGAAGUUCUUAAAGAGCAGCUCGCCCAGAAGACCUUGCAGGUGGACGCUUUGCAGAACAGACAGACAGUUGAGAAGGAUGUAACUCCAGAUGAUUCAUUAUCCCGGCAGGAAUAUGAGCAGAUGAGGGAGACGCUGGAGGGUGAGAUAAGUCACCUGAACCACCUACUGAAGGAUGCUCUCAGGAAACAGGAUGAGAUGGCCCUAGAGGUGACCGCUGCUUGGCAGGAGGUGAGGGACGGCAGGAAUGAGAGAGAAGCGGCGCAGGAGCUGGCGGUUUGCAGGGAGCAAGAGUGCAGUGCAUUGAAUACCAGGUACAAGGAGGCUCAGGAUAUCAUUGUCCAGCUGAAGAAGCAGGUUGAGAACCAUGUUAUCUCAGAGAGAGAGAAGAAUAAAAAGAUUGAUGAGCUCUCAAAAGAAAUCAUGAAGUUGAAGGAUGCUCUGAACAGCCUGUCACAGCUGUCGUACACCACUAGCACCCCUAAGAGACAACAGAGCCAGCAGGUGGACUUGCUCCAGCAGCAGAUCAAACAACUGCAAUAUCAGCUUUCUGAGUCCAAGAAACGCCAUCAUGAAAUUGUCUCAGUCUACCGGAUGCACCUUCUUUAUGCUGUCCAGGGCCAGAUGGAUGAAGAUGUGCAAAAGGCUUUGAAACAGAUACUUGUAAUGUGCAAAAUGCCAACCGAGGCCAAGUAAAGGAGCCAGUACUGCAGUUGUUCAUGAUUUGCCAAAAAACAAUGAUCAAAGGAAAUUCAUCUGAGAACUAAAGCCCAGAAUCCAUCAAUCAGAAUGACACAUGUAGUCAAGCAUUGCAAUUGAAAUCGUCAUUGGCUUUCCCCAGAUAUUUUUGAAACUUACA